UGAUCUAUCAUUGCCCUGCAUCCAUCCUCGGGCAUCCAACGAGUCGUCUUUAGUGCGUCUCGAUAAAACCACUGGUCGCAGGUGAAAUGAUCAGUGAAGUAACGCGAGUGCGAUCUUCUGUGCUCAGCUAGUAGCAGGUGCCAUUGUCUGGGUACUUUGUACUAGUUGGGCGUGUGUAGAGCUCGCAAAUAUGACGGCCAAUUCCGGGGGAUUAUCAAGAGAGUCAUGAAUAGCCCUGGAUCGAGCUAGGAUGGCUUCAAGCGAGCGAGCGCUGGCGCUACUGGCUACUGUCUUCCUGCUCAUGACGAUGCCUCCAGAUUCGUACCAAGGGCAGCAUGAAAAAAGGCUGUUGAACAACUUGCUCACUCCUUACAACGUAUUGGAGAGACCCGUGGCGAACGAAUCGGAACCUUUGGAAGUGAAAUUCGGCCUAACUUUGCAGCAAAUUAUAGAUGUGGACGAAAAGAAUCAGAUUCUCACGACAAACGCGUGGUUAAACUUGGACGAGAAGAAUCAACUCCUAAUAACAAAUAUUUGGCUUUCUUUGGAAUGGAACGAUUACAAUCUUAGGUGGAAUGAAUCCGAAUAUGGAGGCGUCAAGGAUUUAAGGAUAACUCCCAAUAAACUAUGGAAGCCGGAUGUACUAAUGUACAACAGUGCUGAUGAGGGUUUCGACGGGACUUUCCAAACAAACGUUGUGGUCAAACAUAACGGCAGCUGCUUGUACGUCCCUCCGGGUAUCUUCAAGAGCACAUGCAAGAUAGACAUUACGUGGUUUCCAUUUGAUGAUCAACAUUGUGACAUGAAGUUUGGUAGUUGGACCUAUGACGGCAACCAGCUGGAUCUUAUCUUGAAUUCAGAAGAUGGAGGAGAUUUGUCUGAUUUCAUCACGAAUGGUGAAUGGUACCUUAUAGGUAUGCCCGGCAAGAAGAACACCAUAGUAUAUCAGUGUUGUCCUGAGCCGUAUGUGGAUGUAACUUUUACAAUUCAAAUUCGACGGCGCACGCUUUACUACUUUUUCAAUUUAAUAGUUCCUUGCGUGCUCAUUUCUUCCAUGGCGCUAUUGGGUUUUACACUACCACCAGAUUCAGGCGAGAAGCUCACACUAGGUGUCACCAUUCUUCUUUCAUUGACUGUAUUUCUCAACCUAGUAGCUGAAAAGAUUCCAACUACGUCUGACGCAGUUCCCUUGAUAGGAACCUACUUCAACUGUAUUAUGUUUAUGGUUGCUUCAUCUGUUGUACUUACUGUAGUAGUGCUCAACUAUCAUCAUCGAACAGCUGAUAUACACGAAAUGCCUCAGUGGAUUAAAUCUGUGUUCUUACAAUGGUUGCCAUGGAUCCUCGGUAUGAGCCGACCUGGUAAAAAAAUUACACGCAAAACGAUUCUUAUGAACAGUCGAAUGAAGGAGUUGGAACUGAAAGAGAGAUCGUCGAAAAGUUUAUUGGCGAACGUAUUGGACAUAGAUGACGAUUUUCGAAAUGUUUCGGGUGGUGGUAACAGCGCCUCUGUGACAACUAGUUUGGGUGCCGGUUUUAUGAGACAUCCGACGACCAUUGAAGAAGCGUCAAUUCCAACAUCGGGAACGCAAAGGGAUUUGCAGUUGAUCCUACGCGAGUUGCAGUUCAUCACGGCGAGGAUGCGGAAGGCGGACGAAGAAGCAGAAGUAAUCAGCGAUUGGAAGUUUGCGGCGAUGGUGGUUGAUCGUUUUUGCCUCAUUAUUUUCACAAUGUUUACAAUCAUCGCAACUGUGGCAGUGUUACUAUCGGCACCACACAUAAUUGUCCAAUAGGGACACUACAAUCAAGCAGUUUUUCAAUUCUCUUAGAAGCAUCUCGUAUAAUCGCUAGUUAGACGAUAAACAUUUACUGUGAUACAUAUGCGACAGUGUUGGCACAGUUUCUAUGUGCCUUCCCCAUGGAACACUGACGAUGAGCUAUUGCAACAACUAAAAGGCAGGCACUUAUGUGCAAGUAGUUGCUUUUCUGCUGUACGAAUAGCCAUUGAUGCGUAUAUCAUACCGCUAUCCACACUAACCCAUAGAUACUGUAGACGUAGUCGUUUAUUUAAAUAGAGUAUAAUUUAGUUUGUUUCGGGGUACACACGUGUCUGCCUUUUGUUCGCCCAUUGAUACAAAUAAAGUGUCCACCUAUACAUUAAAUUAAUUGUGAUGAACUUCGCAAAGUUAAUUAAUGAUCUUUAAUUAUCAGUUAUAGAUUUAAAUAGUAUAUAUGAAUAAAUCGAAAUCGGGUAUGUUGCGCAAAGCGCGUGUUUUAGUACGUCGUCUCGGACUGCAUUGUCACAAAGCCCGUUGUUAUCUAUUUACUAGGAUAAGCCUGGCAUUGUACCUUGCUUUUCUUAGCUCUGUGACAAUGACGUCCAAUGAUUUCUAGACGAUAUGCACGAGGCUAGUUCUAUUUUUUCAUAAUAUUGUUCGCAGAUUGUUUUAAGGAAUACAGGCAGUCUUCCUAGGUCUCAUUUUUAUAAUAUGACGUGUUUGUUCUAAGCCACGCGGAUAUCGUCACCGUUUUAUAUGAUGUACCAUUUUUAAUAUCAUAUUUAAUAAACUUCGAAUUUUUCAUUAAUAUGCAAAUUUCUAUACUUUAAUACGAAAUAAAAUGGCAAACCGCCUUUAAAUAAUAAACAAUAAUAUUGUUUAAAAAGAUAAUAAUAAAUAAUAAUGAUAGUGUUUAAUACGAUUUUAAUAAAAAGGUUUCUUUGGGCAUUUAUAACUUGUAGUGUAGUUUCAUAUUUUCUGUUAUUUGUUUGUAGUGACGAAUUUAUGUCUGCCUUCCGCCUUGCUGCGGGAGAGCAUGAUUUCGUCUGUUAGCGAUGCAAAACCUUGCGCAUCGUUAGCAAAUUAAUAGUAUUGUUUCAACUUUCUUCCCAAGUUUUCGAGACUUCCCAAAAUGCACUAUUCCCACUCUAUGAAUAUAUGAGGUGACCGAAUGGACUGAUAGUUUGCUAAGUCAUUUAUCCACACUAUCUAGAAUAGCUAUGCAAAAAAUGUGUAUUCAACUUUAGAACUUGCAAAAAAUGAUUACUACCACUGUUCCAAAAAGAACUAUUCUUUCUAUUUCCCCGCUUUUUAAUUAUCAUUUUCUAUAUUACUCUGCUCAAAUUUUAAACGAUAAUUUGCGAUGUUUUAAAUUAAAUCGACCCCACAUGUUGGUAUAUGCAUAAAAGAAGUAUGUCGAAUAAAUGUGUACUGUAUGGUUGCAAAAAAAUAAAAGCAGGAAUUCAGUUUGACAACGUCUGGUUAUUUUGUAAAUAUAUCUUUACCACACAGAAGAAUAGCGACAUUUUAUUUUUUAAAAAUUCAUAUCAAAGAUUUACAACAUUUAAUUUGGAUAAUCAACACUUACAGCUACCAGUCUCGUUUUUGGACGCCCUUACAAUUAUAGGUAGUCGUACAAUAGUAGUUUACCCAGAUCAAAGAGAUGGGAAUGAAAGAAACAAUUAUCUUAAAAAAUUAUGCUAGAGCAGAUUACAAUAAAAAUCAUAACAAAUAUAAUAUUUUCCUAUUU